UCGUCGCUCUAGGGCCCUCCGGGCUGCGCCGUUCCCCAGUGCCCUGGGCUUGCUAUGCUGGUGUGAGCCCUAGGCCGCCUCCACGGGGACCUCUGCGCACGCAUGGACCUGCCCGCGCCCGGCGGGAAGCGGCCAGGCUGGAGGUGGCCGGGGCGGCGGGGCAGGGCCGAGGCAGCGGGCCCCUGAGCGCGCGCCCUGCAGGCCCGGCCGGAGCACCAUGAUGCCCGGCGAGACGCACCCGGCGGCGCCCGGGCCAGCCGACCUCGCGCGGUGUCAGGGCUGCGCCUCCCUACAGCAGAACCUAAAUGAAUAUGUUGAAGCAUUAAUUGCCUUGAAACAAAAAAUUAUUAAUACAGAUAACCUGCUGACGGAAUAUCAGAAGAAAUGCGAUGAGCUGCAGUUUGCAAGAAGAGAGAAUAGCAUGCUGCAUCACCAAGUGGAGCAGAUGCUUCAGAAAAUCUCCCCUCUGCAGAAAUGCCAGGAGGAGCUGGGAUCCUUGAAAGCAGAGCUGGAGGAGAAAAAGAGUUGUCUGAAGCUGUAUCAGGACACUCACCAGGAAUACGCCCGUGUGAAAGAGGAAUGUUUGCGAAGUGAUGCCCAGAAGAAGAAGCUAGAAGCUAAGGUGAAGAAGCUGGAAGAGGCUGCCAUCAAGCAAACUCAGGACUUCAAGCAAUUGAGAAAUGAAAAGAAAAUACUUGAAAAGGAAUUUAAGAAGACACAGGAAAGGUUUGAUGAAUUUACCAAACAGAAAAAUGAGAAGGAGUUGAGACACAUUGGAACACAGAUCUCAAGUGACUCUCAUGGAAGCAUAGAUAAAAGGAAGGUGAAAGUUCUCCUGAAAGAGCUCUGGCUCUGUGUGAACACUGCUCACAGGCUGUCCGGGGAAAGCUGCAGGCGCAUCCCAGAAAAACCCGUGAAAGAAAACAGUGUCUCCAGAGCCUCUGGGGAAGAUGAGUUGCUCCCAGUGCCAGGCAGCCCUGCCAGGGCGGCUGAUAUGCGUUCUUUCUUCACCAAGUUGUCAAUGGAGAUGGAGGGUGACUUCACUUCCUCUGACAGUGCAGAAGACGAGCAGCCCCGUGGAGCAAGCCCUGGUACAGAGCUUGCUUGUCAUGAGCAAAGUCAUCCCAAAGUCUCAGUGGAGAGGCCUGGCGAUGGCAACGGGACCAACAUCUAUGACCAUGAACACUUCUUUGAUGAUGAUCUUCAAGCUGCAAUUGACUUCUUCAAACUUCCUCCUCCUCUUCUGUCUCCAGUGCCCUCACCCCCUCCGAUGACAUCACCACACCUGGGCUCUUUAUCGUCCUCCCUGGCGCCUGAAUCCUACUUCGGAGAGUUCACGGAUUCCAGCGACUGUGACUCUGCCCCGCUUAGAAACUCUGCGGAAUCAGCUUUAGAAGAUUACACAACCGAGUCUCGGGGUUACUUUGACUUGCUUGAAAAACUUAGAAGGAGUGAUAUCUGCAUGGAAAAGCCCAGGUCACAGGGAGUUGCCCAAGCUGUAAACAGACUAGCACCUGUUGGAUUUGAUAGCAGAAGAAUAACGCUGGGAGACCCCUCGACCACAUCUUCUCUAGCUCGAGGAAGGCCCUGGAUAGCAUCGCCUGAAUUUGUGAGGGAUAGGGGAGAUGUCAUAGACAAAGCAGAAGGAAAGGUAGCGGCCCCAGAGAUGGAUAAAUCUGUGCGAGGCAGGAAAGGGCUGCUGAAGCAUAACAGGAGAUCGUGGGGGGAGAGGGCGUCCAGAAGUCCAGCCCGGAAGAAGGAAGCCAGAGCUGGAGAGCCAGAGGCUUGUUAUUCUCCUUUUGGCAAGAGGACAUUUAGUGAACUCAUGGACUCUGAAGGGAAAACCCUGCCAUCAAAAGCGUUGUGUUCACCCCAGUCAGAAUUUACUAAGUGGACACUUGCUGGUGAAUUUGCUUCCAAGUCACACAGUGUGAUGCAUUCUGGCCAUUUUCAGCGAAAGGAGAAAGGCACGCAGGACUCUACUCUGGGAUCCGGCGUUUAUGCAGCUGCAGCAGGGCGUGAUCAUUCAGCCAGUCUUCCUUCCCCUUCUACCUCUGGGCCAGAGUCUCUCCGCAGUAACCCCAAGGCUUCUCGGCUAGGGUUUGUCAAUGCAGGAGCUCCAGCAGAUGUAACCUGCACAAGCCUACAUCGUUCAGAACAAAAGGCCCCAACUAGAACUUCAAACACGUUUCUUCUGUGGUCUGAGCCAGCAGCAUGUUUUCCAAAAGAAUAUGGCCCAGAAAACAGCUCAUUUGCUUUGAGUUCCAAGUCAAAAUUAGGAGCAUCUACAUUUAGCGAUUGGAAGAGCCGGGGCCCGGAAUCUUUAAACAUCUUUAAAAGUACAGUGCAGGCACACCCACUCCCCCAGUCAGUAUUUCAGAAGCCAGCCACAAGUGGGCAGUGUGGAAGCCGAGGUUCAGGCACUGUGCUCACAUUGCCUAAGUCAGACUGGACUUCAUUAACACGGUCUCAGACUGGCUUCACCAGGAGGAACCCUGGUUCUGCUGACAGCACCUCAUGGCACCGUAGUCAUAUACUGAGGAGAGGUAGUGAGGGCAGUCCCAGAGCUACCUCAGAACACCAAAAGACGGUACCAGCCUCACAGAACAGCAGAUUGACAGCUGUGCGUGGACCUCCUGGAGAAAGUACCAUCCCUCUGGAACUCAACACAGCUGCUGCUUUGCUGCCAAACCAAGUGUCGGUCAUAACAAAGCAGGCAAGACCCGAGAGGAAGCAGAAUAGCAGCCUGGAGCAAUGGCAGCCACGUGGGAGCACAUCGAGUCCUUCUACAGACAGUAGUGAGGAGUCAGGUCCUACGCCAUCGGUGUCAGAAUGUACUGGAGAUGGGGAUCCCAUAGCACAGGGCAGUGAGGGGGUAGCUGACGAGGAAAGCUCUUCUCCACAAGUUUCUGUGUCUUGGCGAAAAUCAAGUGAUUCUCCAAGUGGCUCUGUGCCAACAGAGAAUUUUGGUUCUACAGAUAAGUUACCCUUUUCCCCUGGCAACAACCUCAUCCAGAACCAACGUGUCAUGAAUGAACUCCUGCAGCAGAGACCCAGGAGGUCUCCCUAUACCACACAGUCAGGUGCCCGUAGGCUGGAGGCUGGGAAGAUACUUCCAACUGAGGUGCCAUCCAGAGACUGCCCUACUGGACAGAUGCUCAGUGGAGCUCAUCCCCAGGCAAAUGCUGAGGCCUCUGUAGCUACAAGAGAUUCUCGUAGUGCUCCACAGAAUGCCAGCACACCCCCCACAGUGCCUAUCAGGGCGCUUCUCAGAACCCUUGUCCCCCCCGGCCCCGUCUGUCCUUCAUUUCUUGGCAGUGCAGAUGGGGAGACACAGAGUACCUCCCAAAGUAGUCUUCUUGAGGCUUCCUCCUGCUACACAGGCAUCAGAGAGCAAAGAGAGGAUACUGAGGUCGAGGAUGAGGCCUGUAGCUGCAGUGAGGGAGAGCAUGAGGCUGAAGCCGCACUGGGGCGCAGACAGCAGGGUGCCGCAGCAGGAGACUCACGGAGACACUUGGGAGACCCGGAGGCUGGAGUGGCUAGGGUCAGGCAUGCCUCGGAUGUAGGUGAUCUGACCUCAGCGCUGCAAGGAUGCAACCUAAGCACUUUUCUUUACAUAGACAAGCUCUCUACAUCAGAGGUGGUUAUGUUUCUUGAAAGUUGUCAGUUAAGGGAUUAUAGUUCCAGAGCCUCUAUUUCAGAAUGUUCUAGCAAAGAAAUGAACAAAGAGUUCAAACAAAGUGAAAUCUUCAGAAAGAAAAGGUUCGGCGAAGAAGGAACCCUCAGGGCCUCGGAAGAGUGGGUCGAGUUGGAGGGAGACAACUCUAGUGUCAGGAAUUCAAGCCAGCAUGCUUGCUCGCCAUCUGAUAUUCUCACCAAGACCGAGGAAGAACUGGAUGCAAACAGUGGGGACUGCAGUGAGAAGGAUGCUGAGCAUGUGUUGCCCUUAAAUACGAGCCACAGCCAGGCAGCUGAAGUGCUGAUAGAAAACAUCCCACCCGAAGAAGCAUCCAACUCCGUGUCCCACAUUGCAGAAUUGCCCGAACCAGCCGCUGUGGGUACUGCAGGCAGCUCCCCACUGAGUGGCAGGUUUGACUCUGAGCAUAUUCAGAGCAGAUCUGAGGAUGAGACCGAUUAUGGGGGGUGUCGCAGCACUGGGGAGGAGGACCUGGCAGAACCUGUGGAGCUUUUGGCCCUGAGCUCUGACUUGACAGCUCCGCCAAGGAUAGAACCGAGCUCUGACUGUGUGACAGAGACAGCAUUUCGCUAUCAGAUCUCUGCAGUGACCUCAGAAGUCAUAAGUGUACUGAUAAAUAAGGACCAAGACCUCGUGAUUGAAAAGGGGGACAACUGGACUAUCAUCAGUGGCGUCGCCAUCUCUCCCGGCAUGGAGCAAGUCGUUCUUUGUGAUACUCUCGAUGCUUUCGCUUCGCAGGAUCUGGGAGGCCUAGGCAGUGGCUCUGUGGAGAAGUCCCCCAAAGCCAGCCCUCCUGGCUCUCUACCUCAAGAGCUUCCAUGUAGUGCCCAGGAGGAUGUUUCCAGCAGUGGGCAGAGUGACAACUUUGAUAAGAACCAUCUUCGGAACAGACCUGUGAAGCCUAGCAUCUGGAUUCGCUCUCAGAUAUAUGAUCAGACACUUGAGACGGAGAAAGUUGCAUCCGAUCACACGUAUUAUAACUGGAAAUUAGAACCACUUGAUAAGAAUAAGACUCAGUCAAAGAUUUCCAACAAAGAUCAAUCAGGCAAACUAGCAAAGACUCCAGGACUCAACAGAGGGGAAGCUCAUCUGGAUGAAGUCUCUCAGCCAGUAUCAGGGGAAAGAACAAAUACAAAAAUGCCAAGCAGCCAAGCUCAGUUCACCGUGGUGGGUACAGAUGUUUCUACCCCUCCCAACUGUUCCCCUGAUACUCUGAGCAAGAUCCGGCAAGAAGUGGGGCCUCCAUUGCCUCCUUUGCUCCCCCCACUGAUAGCCACACCUCCAAGGACAUCACGGCCACUGUCUCCUCUCGUAUCAAGUUCUAGUCCGUCCACACUGGCCUCAGCUGCCGGCCGCGUUUCCCCCCACUGUGACAUUCCAGGGCCUUCUGUGUUGUCUCCAUGGCCGGAGGAACUCCAGCAGGCCUCCCCACUGGAUCCCUCUCCAUCCCCAUCUACAGCGGCAGCCACUGGAAGGAUAGUGUCUUCUCCUCUGCAAUUCUGUGCUGCUACACCAAAGCACGCACUUCCCGUGCCUGGCCGGCUCCCAUCCUGUGCACCUGGCCAUGCUGCUGUGAGUGGGCCGCAGGAAAAUUCUGUUAAAAUCCUUGACACAAUGUAUCCAGAGUUAUCUGCCAGGGCCCGGACCCUCAGCCUCCUCAAAGGGAACAUGCAGCUGUCCCGAGGCUCCUCUGUGGAUGGAAAGGUGUUGCCGGGGCGUGUCAGUGCUCUCAUAGGACUCAAAGCUAUCACCUCAACAUCAACUGCUUUUGUCCUAACGGGGAGCACCACUGGUGGUGACAGUAGCCAAGGUAAGUCACAAGGCUUGAGUGUGCAGCAGGAUACAGGUGGGAAGAGAACCCUGGCAGCAUCCAUCCUGAGGAGUGCUAAAAGACUGCGCCUAGAGAGUGAGUCCCCAGAGCCAGACAGCAGCCGGGAAACUGCAGGAGGAGUCCCCGAAGACCCCCCAGGAGGAGUCUCACCAGUUAAAGUCGUCCCAGCUGAGCAAGAGCAAACUGCUGCCCUGGUUUGCAGUCCAGCAUCUCAGCAGCGUGUAAACCCACGGGAGAUGGCAGAGUCGUACAACAUAGCCAUAUCUCGAGCUCUGAGGAAGAUUGCUGAGUCCUCCUUUGACCUGCUUCCUGUCAUCCGUAGUCACGUGUAUGUGGGAAAUAUCUCCAAAAAGCCUGUCAUGAGAGAUCAAGAGAAGGAAGUUGUUUAUGAAUUUAGCACAACAAACAAGCAUUUAGGAGAAUACUUACUUCGCUCUAUUCUCUCAGAGCUAAAGGUUCAGAAGACAUCUCUAGACCACAGUUACAUCCAUGCUCUGUGCCGAGUAUAUGUGGGCAUUUGUCGGCAACUUGGAGACUUGGAAAGAGCUCGCUUGUUCUGUUAUAGUCUUCUGAAAGAAGAUUUUCCAGAGUCUGAGAAGUUGACUCUAUUCAUUGCCAACAUGUGGCGUGAAGUGUUUCUCUCCCAGUCAGCCAUUAGUGAAGCGAUGCAGCUGGUUGCCAGGCAGCGUGCCAGAGGCGAGGUUCUGAACUGCCUGAGAGCAUUCCUCAGCUGGGAAAAGAACGCUCCAAUAGACGUUGGAAUCGUGGUUUCUAAGCUGCUUUUGACCAUACAGCUAUGCCCCAAAACAGAAUUUCAGGCGAGUGAAGAGUUUGGUGAAGACCUCAGUGCAAACAUUUGGGAAUACAUAUUUGCCAUUGAUCUCCUCUGCUGCCACCAGAGGUGGAUUUGGACACACGAUAACAUCAUAAGUAAGGAACUAUGGCCUGUAAUGGACAAGUGGAUCAAAUACAGGAAAGGCCAUUCCAACAUCGCAUAUACCCCGGAUGUUAUUGUCGCAUCUGUGCUGAGACUGAUUGGUCGAUUAGGCCAGUUGGGUUUGAAGGAAGGAUUUCCAACUGCCGUAAAGAAUAUCAGCUCGGUUAUUGGCAUGUUCAUACAACAUGCUCAGGAUGAAGAUAUCCCAUGGGGUGUGCAGCUUGCAGCUGUCUAUGCCCUUUGUGACUUGAGUCCUAGCAAUCCAGCAGAGAUAUCCAAGAUCCUGGAAGCUUGGCGGACACAGACUUCCAACACUAUUCCGUCUGCAAUCGUUAGCUGCCUCGAAGAGGUUGGCUCCCUGAGUGCUGAGGGCUCAUCUGCCUCCACAAGCACAGGAGACACUGCACCCUGAGAGCUGGGGGCUCAGCUCCCUGAGAUGGGAAGGUCAUCUGAAGGUCAUAGUCACUGUGCAGAGAAGUGACUUGACACCUUUUGUUGUAAAGGAUUAGCCUGCCUUCAGCUAACUGAGGUCCAACAGAGAAAAGCAUAAAGCAGGUGACAGUGCAAGGCUCCCAUUUGGACUGUGUAGAGAUGGCCAGUCUGAGGCAGCAGCAAAGUCCUGUGUGCUCUGUGUACAGGAGCAGCUCUACAGGCUCUGUGCACGGGGACAGCUCUACAUGCUCUGUGCACGGUGACAGUUCCACAGGCUCUGUGCACGGGGACAAUUUUAUGUACAGGAGCAGCUCUACAGGCUCUGUGCACAGGGACAAUUUUAUGUACAGGAGCAGCUCUACAGGCUCUGUGCACAGGGACAAUUCUAUGUACAGGAACAGCUCUACAGGCUCUGUGCACGGGGACAAUUUUAUGUACAGGAACAGCUCUACAGGCUCUGUGCACAGGGACAAUUUUAUGUACAGGAGCAGCUCUACAGGCUCUGUGCACAGGGACAAUUUUAUGUACAGGAACAGCUCUACAGGCUCUGUGCACAGGGACAAUUUUAUGUACAGGAAUAGCUCUACAGGCUCUGUGCACAGGGACAAUUUUAUGUACAGGAGCAGCUCUACAGGCUCUGUGCACAGGGACAGCUCUAUAGGCUCUGUGCAUGGGGACAGCUCUACAGACUCUGUGUACAGGGACAGCUCUGUGGGCUCUGCAUGGGGACAGCCCUGUGGGGGGAUGUGCGUACAGACAGUGCUAUCUAUGAUGUGUUUCACAUUGGAUGAUAUUCCUUUCGGAAUUUUUUAUUUGUAUAUAUAUAGAAAUGGGUUUAAUAACUCACUGUGAUUCUGAUUCGUCUUAUAUCCAUUAUUUCUUAAAAGUCUUGUAUGUGUUUUUAUAAUAAAAAAUAAAAGCAAGCCAUA